AUGGGUGCGAUAUUCAGAGCCGCCAGCGGCGUAAUAGUAUGGCUUGGUCAGGAGGCUCCAGGUACAGUAGCCGCGAUGGAGCUGCCCAGGAGAGUCAAACGCUUCUGGCCAAGCCUUCACAACAACCCGACCGAUCUUACCGAUCACGAGAAGACUCCACCUGAAUGUCCCAGGUGGGGACAAGGGGCAUGGCCGGCGUUCAUCACUCUAUUAAAUAGGCCAUGGUUCCGCAGGUUGUGGGUGAUACAGGAGGUGGUAACUGCUAAAGACAUCAUCGUGACUUGCGGUACAGUAAGCAAUCUAGAGACGACAGCCUCUCGCUUGCAAGCUGUAUACUGACUUCUCCGCCAGUCAACUGCAUUCUGGGACGACUUUACCAAACUUGUGCGUGUUGUCGAGACUGUGCAUAACUAUUCUCUCGGAGCAAAUACCAUGCUUGGCUCCAAGACGGCCGCGCAGUACAUUUCUUUCAUGCAGGAACUCAGAUCCAUCACUCAGCAGGGAACCCAGCAGGCCGUGAAAGAUUACGCCAAUGAGGACUCCAUGGCGCCAUACGUUCUCCAGAUGGCCAAGGAUUGUGAAGCGACGGACCACAGGGACAAGCUCUUCGCGUUCCAUCAUCUCGUGAGGCUCUGGAACCGGCCAGACUACGCAAUGAGCAUCGAGAUGCUCUACAAGCUCUUUGCAGUGCAGUACUUGCAGAGAAUCGCUUACGCCAUCUCUGAAUUCAGCUGCGACGAGGCCAAGUUGUCUCGGAGGCAGUUGGAAUUCAUCUGUACUGCAGGCUUGUGCAACCAGAGGCUCAACUUGCCAUCGUGGACUCCCGACUGGUCUGUCCCGUGGCAAGCGAGACCCUUAUGGCUGGGCGCGAAAUGUUAUAGUGCGGGAGGUACGGACGUUAAAGAAUUCGCGCCCGUAAGAGAAGUCGAUUCCAACGGCGACGCCCAAUUCCGCUUGCCAGUAGGCGCAAAACUCUUUGAUCGGGUGCUUGCUGCUGGAAGCCAAGGUCUCCGUCUGUUGAAGAACGGAUCGCAGGAUCUCCCGGAGGCACUCCGCUCGUGGCUCUUCCAAUCCAAGUCCCUCCUGCACGUCAACCGCAACAGACCGAACAUCUACGCGAACGAAAACGAAGCCUUCGCGCGAACUCUCACCGCCGAACAGGACCAGGAUGGCAACAAGCUCACGCUCGAAGAUUCUAUGCAACGGUACGGAGCACUGCUCGAGUUCCUCCGCCAGGCCGAUGAUCCAGACGCGAUGCGUGCGAAGGGAGACGUUGCGGUACAAGAACAUAAUCGGCUCUAUUACUCCGUCGCCAGCUUCUUGCGCGGCAGGGUCUUCUUCCUCACGGAAAAGGGAUACUUUGGCCUCGCGCAGGAGGGCGUCGGCUGCGGGGAUAGCAUUGCCCUCGUGCGUGGUGCUCCGGUGCCUCUGGUCUUGAGACCUGGGCCUGCUACGGGGGAGGAGCAGUCGCACGCAUAUCGAAUGCUUUGCGAGGCAUUCGUUCUCGGUAUCAUGGAUGGAGAGGGCUGGAGUGAUGAGGCGAUUCCCAAGGAAACAGUGACACUUGUCUGA